AUGACGAGCCGUAUUGUGAGUACGACCCCAUCAACCGCAAUACGCACAACUCCGACGGCUGAGAAAACUACACCCGGUUCAGAUCCCUGUGUGGAUUGUUUGUUCCUGAACGGCAUCGGAUAUAACCCCCACCCUGAAAAUUGCCAGUUCUUCUACCAGUGUAUCCCCAGGGGAUUUGUCCUCGUGCCCUUCGUCAAGUCAUGCCCUGCUGGAGAAUUCUGGGAUCAUAGCAAACUUUCCUGUGCUCCCGCAGCGACUGUCAUCUGUCCUAUUGAUCCUUGCAGAUUUAACAGUUCUUUGGAAAGCUACGCGUAUAGCGGCAACUGUAACGCGUACUGGCGUUGCCAGUUGGGAUUCACGUGGCGAACAGAGUGCUGUGCGGUGGGCGAGUCUUACAUUCCGGGUCAAGGGUGCACAUCCUCUGUGCCUUGCCCAGAUAGGUGCCCCUUUAUUCCCAGCGCUGUUCCCUCUACAACUGCUGAGCCGUGCAAUAAACGUGCUGUUCCUGGGGAGCAGACGAAAUAUUUCGAACAGCUCACACGACGAUGGGAAAUUGAGCGAGAAUGUGCCCCGAACACUGGAUUCUCCCCAGAAACUUGUUCCUGUUCUAUUGUGAUCACACCACCAGGGGCUAGACCCACAGACGUCUGCAGACCGUUCCUCUAUUUGCCAUUCGACAAUGAUUUGAAGGACCACUCCGAAAACCGGCUCUCCGUAAAAGUCGAAGGCGCGGUCAUCUUGAACAAAAACUCCAGCUUCGGCAACGUUGGCGACGGGUCCGCCUGCUUCGACGGAAGCAGUCGCCUGUUGAUCUACAGUUUCGCUGGAAGAGACUACGGCCGGAAGUUCUUACUGAGGUUCCGGUAUCGCGAGGCCAAGAGGAACACGAGUACAAACGGUGUAUCAGAAGCCCUGGUGACAAACGCCGACUGCUUCAGUCCUCCUUCAGUGAUAGUCUCCUUCAACCGUUCUGAGAGCACGACCACCGGCAGGCUGCGGACAGCGUUGUCGAACAGACAGUCUACCAUAGACAACGUGGAGGUUUACUUUAACUGCUUCCCGGACGAGACAUGA